AAUUAAUAUACUGUUUAUUAUUAAUUAUAUUUUCAGAAUUAUGUCUGCUACUGCCCAAGUUACAAAGGCUGAACAUGACGAAUUAUGUUGUGGAUACGCUGCCCUCAUCCUCCAGGACGAAGGAGCCGAAGUCACCUCUGACAACAUCUCCAAGCUCAUCGCUGCUUCAGGUAACGAAGUCGAGUCUUACUGGCCAGGACUUUUCGCUAAGGCCGUCAGCACCCUCAACCUCACUGACAUUCUCUCCAACGUAGGAACUGGAGGUGGUGCCGCUGCUGGACCAGCCGGAGGAGAAGCCGCUGCUGCUGAAGCCGAGCCAGAGAAAGAAGAAGAGCCACAGGAAGAAGAAGCUGAUGUCGGUGUUGGAGACAUCUUCGGUGGAGACAGUGAUGACUAUUAAAUAUCCUAAUCAAAUAAUUAUGCUAAAACAAUACCUGAAU